UAAUUAAAAAAAUAAAUGAGAGGAUCAUAAUAUUCUAUUCAUUUUGCAAGGGCCCUCCUUCAUUAAUUUCGACUGAAACAUUUUCUCGUUUUCCUUUUCACUCCCGCUACUUGAGCUAAAGUUCGUCCGAUCAGUCAAACUUAAGCUACUUCCAUCGUUUUCUGAGUCCAGUAAACUUAAAGGGAGAAAUUUACCAUGGAUUUAAGCAACCCAAAGGUCAUCACAUGCAAAGCUGCAGUAGUAUGGAAGGAAGGGGAGAGGUUAAAGAUGGAAGAGAUAAAAGUGGAUCCACCAAAAUCAAAUGAAGUUCGGAUUAAGAUGCUCUUUGCAAGUUUGUGCCACACUGACAUUCUCUGUUCCAAAGGCUUUUCCAUUCCUUUAUUUCCUCGAGUUCUUGGACAUGAAGGAGUUGGCAUGAUAGAAAGUGUGGGAGAAAAUGUGACAAACGUAAAAGAAGGAGAUAUAGUGAUGCCACUUUACCUAGGAGAAUGCAAAGAAUGCCCAAACUGCAAGUCAGGAAGGACCAAUCUAUGUCACAAAUAUCCAAUGGACUUGUCUGGUCUAAUGCUUGAUGGGACAUCAAGAAUGUCCAUUAAUGGAGGACAGCAAUUGAUAUACCAUAGUCUUAGUUGCUCUACUUGGUCAGAAUAUACAGUUAUUAAUGCCAACUACGCGGUCAAGGUUGAUCCCCAGAAGAUUCCGCUUCCACAUGCCAGCUUGCUUUGUUGUGGAUUUACAACAGGUUAUGGAGCAGCAUGGAGAGAAGUUCAUGUUGGAAAGGGCUCAACUGUUGCUGUACUAGGUCUUGGUGCUGUUGGACUUGGAGUGGUAGAUGGAGCUCGAAGUCAAGGGGCAGUCAAAAUAAUUGGUGUUGAUAUAAACGAAUUGAGACGAGGAAAAGGAGAAGCCUUUGGAAUGACGGACUUCAUUAACCCUAAAGAUUGCAAGACAUCAAUUUCAGACAUGAUAAAAGAUGUUACUGGAGGCUUAGGUGUUGAUUAUGUUUUUGAAUGUACUGGGAUUCCAUCCAUGCUUAAUGAAGCCAUUGAAGCCUCAAAAUUGGGAAUGGGGACAAUUGUUCUAAUUGGUGCAGGAAAUGGGAUAAGUAGGGAAUUCAACUUGAUUCCCUUAUUAUGUGGUCGAACAAUGAAAGGUUCAAUCUAUGGUGGAAUAAGAGUUCACUCAGAUCUUCCUACUAUACUUCAUAGAUGCGCAAAUAAGGAGAUUCAAUUAGAUGAGCUUAUAACUCACCAAAUUUCGUUUACUGAAAUCAACCAAUCAUUUGAGUUAUUAAAAGACCCACAUUGCGUCAAGGUUCUUAUCAAGUUCUAAGAAAACCAAUUAUGAGUAUAUAUUACAAGAGAUUUGAAAAUGUCAUUUUCUUCAGUUCAAUUUAUACAACAACAACAUUCAAUUUCUUCAAUUCAAUUUAUAAGUGGCCAUAAGAGAUCAUUUCCUCUUUUUUAUGUGUUCGGUUUUCUCUAGGCAGUGGAAAUAAUGUUGAGUUAUAUGUGGUGUAAGUUUGAUCUCACUAUGAAUUCGACAGUAAAAGAAAAGAAGCAUUUUAAAACGAUAACAAGUUAAGCUCGCCACUUUUAUACUAAGGUGGGAUUUGAUGCAACCCUAUUUCAUAUUUCAUUUCAAUUUGGAUCA